AUGACGGAAUUCCUGGAGAAGGAAGUAUUUUUGAAAUUCUCACGCCCGCGGAUAGUACUCUCCGACAACGGGAAGCAAUUCGAGUCAAUGGCAUUUAAAUCGUUGCUGUCACGACACAACAUCGCCCACAUGAAAACGGCGUUCUACUGUCCAAUGGUCAACAACACGGAAAGGGUCAACAGAGUCCUAGUAACAUGUAUUCGUUCCCUGUUAAAUGGAGAUCACCGAGAAUGGGACGAGCAGCUCCCAGCAAUCACUGCGGCCAUCAACAGUGCUAAACAUGAGGCGACCGGUGUAAGUCCACACGCUGCAAAUUUCGGCAGAGACCUGAUUCUCCACACGGAUCUGUACAAACAACAAGAACUAAACAGUCACGAUGACCCGAAGGUGGCACAGGACAUGCGGUUAUCAAAGAUCAGGCGAAUUCAGCAGUUCGUUGUACAACGCAUACAAAACAACCACGAAAAGGCGAAACAGUGUUACAACUUCCGUAAGCGAACAGUAUCAUUCAAGGUGGGGGACCUGGUGUGGCGAAGAACAUUCGGCCUGUCCUCAAAGGCGGACCAUGUCAACCAAAAACUGGAUCCGAAGUUCACACCGGCCAUCAUAAAGGAAACCCUCGGUGCCAACCUAUAUUUGCUGGAGGAUGUGCCAACAGGAAGGAAGGGCAGAUACCAUGCGAAGGACAUCAAGGCAGAUUAG